GGUUAGCACAUGAGCAACUGAGUAUACUGGUGCAUGCAGCUGUAAUAGGUCCGCUGACUGAUUGACGUGAAUGCUCCCAAAACUGAUCGUGGGGCAUCCAUUAUGUAUGCUUGCUCUUGUUGAUAUACUUACAUAAUUCUUGGGUUCUCGUAGCUCAACCUUGGCGCCGAUAUAAUUCAUAUGACCUUCUAAGAAUAAACGACAAACCUACACGACCCUUACAGCGCUUCUUCCUUGUCCAAAUGCUACCACAUGGUCAAGAUGGUUACUUGUUCUAGGCCAACUUGGAAUCUGCAGCACCUCGUCUACCUCGUCUACAUCUUCUAAACCACCUAUUUCCACCGCGCGGCCAGCACCGGCAAAGGUGCGAUUCGGGCAAUCAUGUUCGAGAAGUCGCUAUACGACCUCAUCCGGGGUCUUAGAAAUCACAAAGGAAACGAGAAGGAGUAUCUACAAAAUUGCCUGAAAGAAUGUCGUGCAGAAGUGCGAAGCCAGGACCUAGAUCUCAAGGCGACUGCCCUAUUAAAAUUGAUAUAUCUCGAGAUGUUUGGUCACGACAUGUCCUGGGCCUCCUUCAACGUCCUUGAGGUUAUGGCUUCUCCCAAGUACCACCAGAAGCGCGUGGGAUAUCUUGGUGCUAUCCAGAGCUUCCGUCCCGAAACUGAAGUCCUCAUGCUCGCAACGAAUCUCCUCAAGAAGGAUUUAACUGCGGCAUCAACGACUACCAUCGCCCUUCCGAUCGUCACCCUCCCCCAUGUCAUCACACCCUCCCUCGCGCUCUCUGUUCUACCCGAUCUCCUCCCGCGACUGAACCACACUCACCCCACUGUUCGCAAGAAGACCAUUGUCACGCUAUACAGACUCGCAUUAGUCUAUCCUGAAACCCUACGUGCCGCCUGGCCUAGAAUCAAGGAGAGGCUCAUGGACAGGGCCGAAGACCCCAGCGUAACGGCUGCCAUCAUCAACGUCAUAUGCGAACUGGGAUGGCGCAGGCCCCACGACUUCCUUCCCCUAGCACCGAGGUUGUUUGAAUUGCUAGUUGACAGUGGUAACAACUGGAUGGCAAUAAAACUAAUUAAGCUGUUUGCUACUUUGACACCUCUCGAGCCAAGGCUCGUUCGGAAACUCCUGCCACCUUUGACCGAGAUUAUCCAGACGACUCCUGCCAUGUCUUUAUUAUAUGAGUGCAUCAGUGGCAUUAUUCAAGGUGGCAUUCUUGGGAGCGGUGAAGAUGCGGAUGGGCGAGAAGAGAUCGCUUCCCUUUGCGUCAACAAGCUCCGGGGAAUGAUCAUGGUAGACGGCGAUCCAAACUUAAAAUACGUGGCGCUCCUUGCUUUUAACAAGAUCGUUGUCACCCACCCGUGGCUAGUUGCUCAGCAGGAAGACGUUAUCCUGGAGUGCAUAGAUAGCGCUGACAUUUCUAUCCGUAUAAAAGCGCUAGAUCUUGUACAGGGCAUGGUCAGCAGUGACAAUCUAGUCUCUAUUGUCAGUCGUCUCAUGAGGCAACUCAAGCUGUCCUCCGUGGCAGACCGCAGAACUGCAAACCUUUCGGGUUCGACCAUCGGUGAUUCAGACGAAGACGAACUAGACAGGACCGUCGAUUCCGGCCCAAAAUCAACGAAUCAAUCCCCACCUCUUCCGGACGACUACAAGGUUGAUGUGAUCAACAGGAUACUGAAUAUGUGCUCACAAAAUAACUAUAGUUUCUUAACAGACUUCGAAUGGUAUAUCGAUAUAUUGACUCAACUUAUCCGGACCGCACCAUUACCUCGGCCUAUCAGCGACAUGGAAUCCCUUUCCCCAUCAGGAAAAUCAAAUGAUAGGGAUAUAUCUGAGAAAAUAGGGGGCGAGCUACGGAAUAUCACCGUCAAGGUCCAGGCUCUUCGUUCUACAUGCGUUCGGGCUGCUGAAGCAAUAUUAGCUCAACUCACCAGCGAGGCACCGAUUGGUCAGAGCAUCGUCUCGGGGGCAUUAAAACCAGUGGCCUGGAUCAUCGGUGAAUUUUGUUCGGAGCUGUCUACCCCAGACGAUAUCCUUGGAGCUUUCCUACAGCUAACGCCCAAAACUUCGUCCCCAGAAUCUCUCGCGGCCUGUCUGCAAGCAGCCAUGAAAGUGUUCUCACACGUUGCAGGAGACGAACUAGCUCCUUGGACACCCGAGCGUAAAUCGAAGAUAUCACUACUUAUGGCUCGUAUCAUUCAUUCUUUCGAGGCUUUGGCAUUGCAUCCGAAUUUGGAAGUUCAGGAAAGAGCAGUGGAAUUUACAGAGCUCCUGAAACUUACCGCAGAGGCGGCUAGUAGUCAAGCGGCUUCGACAGAAACCGUUCAUCAGGAUCCUCCCUUACUUCUUACACAAGCAAUACCGUCUCUUUUUGCCGGGUGGGAAUUAAAUUCAGUCGCCGUAGCGGCUCAAAGGAACGUACCGCUUCCAGAGGGGUUGGAUCUUGAUGAGCCUAUCAAUCCGAACCUAAACUCGCUGCUCGCGUCCGCUGAUUCCAUAACGAUACCAGUCGACGAAAAGGAUGAGUUUGAGAGCUACUACUAUCAGCAACCACAAGCUACUAGUAUAGCAUCCACGCCAGCUAUCAGCAGACUAGCAGAUAGUCGUGAAGAAGUAGCGAGCUCUUACCAGCAACCUACCGAAGAAACCUAUUUAGAUGCGGAUAUCCUAGCGAAGCGGAAAGCAGAACGAUUAGAAAGAAAUCGUGAUGACCCAUUCUAUAUCCAGGAAAGUGGCUCUCUCCAAAGAUCGUCGACCCCAAUUCAUAAUAUUCUCCAAAAUUCAAACGGACCUGAUCUAGACGUCGACUCUAUUCCCAUUAUGGAACUUGACCUCGACAAACUUAGUGCUGGCGUUGACCACUCCCGACCGCAAGCACCAUCGAAGCCUGCGCGCCGCACGCCGCGACAAAAGAUUGUGGUGGCCGCGGACGAAAACUUGGGCAGCAGCGGUGGAAGCACGCCUCGGAAUUAUGAUUCUGAAAACGGUUCCGAUGCAUUAGGCAAGGCGCGCGCGGGCAACAUAAACGCCAAGAAGCUCAAGCAAUCGUUACUAAGCGUAGACUCGACUAGCAUCGGUGCGCUCAGUCUCGAUGACGAUCCUAGCAGCCGCCCCUUCGACCUCGAAGCCCAGAAGCGCGAGGAGGCUGAGAUGGCACAGGCUAUGAAGGAAGUCGAGCGAUUGCGCCUCGAGAUGCAGCGUGCGAACGAGAGGAUACAAGUCGCACAAGGGGUUGAUGCGGCGGGGACAGUGGUGAAGAAGAAGAAAGCCAAGAAGCCGAAAGUCGCCGCGGUUGAAGGCGACGAGAAUGGGAAUGGCGAAGGAGUAGCUGUAGGAGUUAAAGUUAAGAAGAAGAAGAAGAAGAAAGCAGUGCCUAUAGAUGGCGGAGAUGGCGGCGCAGGACUGGGGGAGGCUGCCGGCGAGGUGAAGACGAAGAAGAUAAAGAAGAAGACGAAACCGGCUGAUAUACAGGACGCAGAAGCUGGUUAAGCGAUUCUAAGGUGAAGGUGCGAAGGUUCGCUGUCGUCUAUAGGUGACUUACCUCCUACCUACAUACCUACCUAGGUACAUAUCUACCCAAAUAGCGAAACAUCCAUAAAGACAAGAUAUCAUGAUGGAAUGAAAUCGUGAUCUAAAAUAUUGAUAUGUACCUAGUAGGUAGGUAUGGUACCAACAUAAUAUAACCUACCCUCACGGAAAAACUCUUACCACACGAGAAGGGCUGCAUAUAUAUACCUACACAUGCCUACCUGCCUACCUACCUCCUAAUACCUAGCGAUUCACGCCCCAUUUCUCAAGAAGACAUAGCAAAACGUGCAAACGUAAUACGUAAACUACCUAUUUACGUAGUAAUAGUUAAAAGGAGCAGUGCAACAUUAAAAAGGAAGAAGAAAGAAAGAAAGAAAAAAAAAGCCCCAGAAAUACGUAAUAAGUGUAGAGAAUUUUUUGGUUUUCCUUUGCCUUUUUCCUUGCC